AUGAAGUCUACCACAUCCCUUCUUUCAGCCGGUCUUCUGCUGCUCGCGUCCAUCGCGGACGUUGCAGCGCAGUGCAGCCUCCCAACCACAUACAAGUGGACUUCGACCAACGCUCUGGCGAACCCCAAGUCCCCCUGGGUUGCUCUUAAGGACUUCACCUCCGCCCCCUACAACGGCAAGCACCUCGUGUAUGCGACGACCCACGACACCGGGUCCUCUUGGGGCUCGAUGGCUUUUGGCCUCGUCUCCGACUGGUCUCAACUGGGCUCUGUGAGCCAGACCAAGAUGCCCUUCUCUGCCGUCGCGCCCACGCUCUUCUUCUUCCGCCCGAAGAACCUCUGGAUCCUCGCCUACCAGUGGGGCCCGACUGCUUUCUCUUACCGCACAUCGACCGACCCCACCAAUGUCAACGCAUGGUCGGCGGUCAAGCCGCUCUUCAGCGGAACCAUCUCCGGUACCAGCACCGGCCCCAUCGACCAGACCGUCAUCGGUGACAGCAAGAACAUGUACCUGUUCUUCUGUGGAGACAACGGCAAGAUUUACCGCUCCAGCAUGGCUAUUGGCAACUUCCCCGGCAGCUUCGGCACGGCGUCGCAGGUCGUCAUGAGCGACACCACCAACAACCUUUUCGAGGCUGUCCAGGUCUACACCGUCAAGGGCCAGAACAAGUACCUCAUGAUUGUCGAGGCUGUCGGCUCUGGCGGCCGUUACUUCCGCUCCUUCACGGCCACCAGCCUCAGCGGUACUUGGACCGCCAACGCCGCGACCGAGAACAGCCCGUUCGCCGGCAAGAAGAACAGCGGCGCCACCUGGACCAACGACAUCAGCCACGGCGACCUGGUUCGCAGCGACCCUGACCAGACCAUGACCGUCGACCCGUGCAACCUGCAGCUCCUCUACCAGGGCCGCUCGCCCAGCUCCAGCGGUGACUACAACAAGUUGCCCUACAAGCCUGGUGUUCUUACCCUGUCGAAAUAG